GAAGGAUGCGUGUGGAACAAUGUCGCCGGAAGGACGGUGACCCUCACCGAUACCUCGCUCACACAGCUGACGGAGAUCGAGAGGAAGAUCUUGCAAAAAGUUGCUCUUGCGAAACUGCAGGCGCUCAACCUCGGGGUCAACGUCAGGAUUCCAUCGGAAAGUCCCGCAACUACUGCAGUUCAGAAACCUAAAAGAAAAGCUUACUUACUGAAAAGGAAAGCUAUAACUACGGGGUUUUUUGAUACCAAUAGAAAAGAUGAAAAAGACAAAGGUGAAACAACGACCACUACUGGAGGUUUGGUCUUUGGCAUACCACUAAGUCAGUGUGUCGAAAACGAGAAGUCUCGCCUCUCGCUCCGGCCAGAAGGAGAAGAUACCGAGCUGAGAAGAAAGAGCAGAGGUAGCUUCUCGUCUCUCAUCGAAUCACCCAGGACUGAUGAAAAAGGAUCAUGCGAAAGCUUGAUAGGAGGGACCUUGAGUAUGCCUGGGUUGGACAGCAUCUCCUGUGGUUCGACGCCCAACCUUUCAACUCCAGAAGGUGGAGUACCUACUAUUGUUACCUCUUGUCUCAGGCAUCUUGAGAACAAUGGAUUGCAUACCCUCGGAAUUUUCAGGGUAUCCAGCUCCAAGAAACGUGUCAGGCAGCUUAGAGAAGAUUUUGAUUGUGGAAAGGACAUUAGUCUUGAAGAUGAAUUGUGUCCACACGAUGUUGCUACAUUGCUCAAGGAAUAUUUCCGAGAUUUGCCAGACUCUUUACUUUGUAAGGAUCUAUACCAAGCCUUCAUUCAAACGCAGAGAAUAAGAAACAGGCGCCUACAGCAUGAAGCCCUCCAGCACCUUCUCCAGCUGCUUCCAGUUGCCAAUAGGGACACGCUGCUCGUAUUACUGUCAUUCCUUUCCCUAGUAGCGAAUCAUGCAGAUGAUCAAAAGGAUAGUUCAGGUCAGGUUCAAACAGGAAAUAAAAUGGACAGUAGUAAUCUAGCAACACUGUUUGCUCCCAAUAUCUUACAUAAUUAUUCUAAAGGCACGCCUAGUAAAAAAGAUGAGUUGAGCACAGAACGGAGUGAGGAACGAGCAGAUGCCAUCAAUGUGAUAAGAAGUCUUAUAGAUAAUCAUAAAAUACUCUUUCAGGUGCCAGCAGAGCUUCUAAAUGAAGUUUACAUCCACAUGAUGGAUAGCCAUCCAGAAUUAUUAGACCAAUUACUCAGGAGGAGAGACACAUCUGAUGACUUUGAUGACAGCACUAGUGGUGGACUUGAUGAUCCUGAUAGGAAAUACUGGUCUAGAGAAGCCUGCACUCAUGAAGGAGCUGCAACAGGAGGUCCGGAUGUCUCCAUGAGGCCGAGGAGAUUGGACAGAGGUAGAGAAAGAGUGCCAAAGAAAAGACGAGAUGAAAGUCGGAAGCGAGGAGAUAGUGAAAGUUCUUCGAGAAGAGCUUCUGAUGACAAAACUAGAAUGUCCUCUUCAGACAGUGGUCAUCACACACCAGAAGAGAGCAAUGUUAAUGAUGGUGUCAUCACUGCAAGUCUCAAAAUACCAGUACCUUCGGUGACAUCAUUUUCACUUAAUCUAGAUGACAUUCCAUACAUUGAGGACUCGGAUAGGCAACAAAUUACACUUGGUAUUUCAAAAAGCAGUGGUUCGCAGCCAGAAAGUGGAUUAGGCUCGUUUUCACCUCCAACUCGACCGCCUUCUGUAACCUCCUGGGGCUCAACGCCAACAUCUCCUGAAUGCGAACCUACGACUGCUUCCAUCACUUUUCCCUCCAGGCAUCAACCCCAGCUUCAAAGGGUUACCAUCACAAAUACCAGCAAAAUUCAACAGGUUCAACCAAGCUAUGCUCAAUGUGAAACUUACAACACGGACAAAAGACACUUUGCUUCAAGUACUACUUACAGUAGGCUUUUAAGUACAGAAACUAAAGUGACAAAAAGUGCAAGUAGUGGUGCUGUAGUCACUCAGCAUGAACGCCCAAUCACUCCAAGUAUAUCAUCCAUAGGAGGAGCCGUCCUUCGAUCAAAGACUGCAGACAUCGAGAGGAUGUUACGAAUACAAAGUAAAGCCAAAAAGGUCCCUACGGUAGAAAAAGACUGUAAAAGAAGAUAUACUGAUGUCAGGCACCUGACCAGGAAUCUGGUGGAAGAAAAGACAGAGACUACAACAUCCGCUAGUGAAUCCCGUGGUGUUUGGAAAAGGAGGGAAUUGAUAUCUAGUGAACCUAAGGAAAGGAGGAACAUUUUCUAG